ACAUACAAGUUCUCCUAUUUCUGUCCUAUUCUGUAGAGACUCGGAAUGUCCUCAGUCUACCACAUGGUCGUCGAUCAUGGCAAAUCGGAGGCGAUGUGAGAGGCGAUGGAUACUCUGGACGUCUUAACAUCCCUUUGUGAACGUCCUCAUUUGUGUUCUUGUUAGUUUGAGUACAAUAUUAUAUAUUUUUGAAAAUAAACAAAAACACGUGUACUCAAUCUAACUUUGAAUCUAAUCACAGCUCAUUUCCUAUAGGUCAUUCUUCAUUUUCUCCGUCGUAAAGAAGACAGAUGCUCCCAAAUGGUCUAUGCCAGGACCAUUUGUGCCGAUGCUCGCUUUCAAAUGGAAUCUGGAAUCCAAUAGAUUUUCCAGAACUACCCAACUAAUAGCAUCAAAUUCCAGAACUACCAAUUCCCCAACAUACCAGCACCAGUAACCAGAGAAAUGGGUGUGACUACAGAUCUAAACGUGCCAAAAGGCAUCAAAGUUGUGCUCAACCCUACACAAGAGUAUUUCGAUCAAUUCCAGGAGUGGAUCACCGAAACGGAACGCUGGAACUACCGACGGACCGAGUAUAAGCUGUGGUGCACUGCAUUCGAGAAAUUCUGGUUGUACAUGGCCAUCGACGAGGAAAACGACGAGUGUGUCAGUGUUGUCUCACUGGCUCUUCAAAGAAACUCUGAUGGCAAGAAGCUUUACUCGAUCGGAAACUACUACUGCGUGCCGGAAUGGAGGGGAAGAGGUGUCAGCAACAAAUUAUUUGUACAGGUUAUGAAACACGUGGGAAAAGAGAAUUGUACACUGUUUGGAGCUGUCAAAAUGUCCCCUCUAUACGCUACACGCUUUAACUUUGCUUUAAUGAACGAAUUCUGGCACAUGUUUGCCGAUAUCGAUGUUGUUGAUCUCGUGAUUCCGGCUAUGCCAAACGGGUUUACUUGCAAGAAAAUUGAAGACAACGACUGGGAGAAACUUCACGAGUAUGACGAAACUAUUUGCGAUCUCGAUCGUAGAAAGUUUAUGAAAAUGAAUUUAAGCGUUGCUGGAACGAUUGCACGCAUUGUUUUCAAUGAAUCAGGAAAAAUCGUUGGAUUUGGAGCCAUUAAAAUGGCAACUGGAAAUGAGCUCAUCAUGUCCCCAUUGUAUGCUGAAACACUUGAUGCCGCUACUGCUCUGAUGUCAACUCUCCUGAAAGGAAUCCCUGCGAUCCUUUCGUUUUCUAGUCUAAUUACGAUCUACCCAGACGUCAAUAACGACGUGCCACGGUAAUCAGUUACAGUACUCUGGACCUAUUAAAAAUUCAAUUUUCAGCUUGUUAUCGUUAAUAAGUAAUAAUAAUUAUGAGACACAUCAAGCAUAUCGUCAUCAGUUCACCGAGGAAAUGAUGGACUUCCCACAGCACAAGAUCUACGGAACCGACGAAAUUUCACACAGUCCAUGUUAAAUGUUUUCCAAAUUCCGUUCUGAUUUCUAAAAUUCAAUUUGAAAAAAAAACUUUAGAUGUUGCUUCUUAUAACUUGAUACAUGUUAACUAUACUAUUUUCUGUUUGUCAGAGAAUUUUUAUAGGGUUGAAAAAUGAAUAAUUGGCCCGUAG